AUGGGGGAUGGAUGGGAAAUGGCGAUGGAGAGGCAAGUGAUGGAGGAGGGAUUGCGGGAAUCAGACCCAUACCUUCAACUGUUAUUGGUGAAUUGGUGUCAGCAACUGGCAGAGUCUGGUGCACAUGUUGUCAUGGCUGUGAGGAAUCCUAAAACAGCUAAUGAGCUGAUCCAAAAAUGGCAAACUGACUGGUCUGGGAAAGGCCUUCCUCUAAAUAUUGAGGUUAUGGAACUUGAUUUGCUAUCUUUGGACUCUGUUGCGCAAUUUGCAGAAGCCUGGAAUGCAGGAUUAGGACCUUUGCAUGUACUAAUAAAUAAUGCUGGAAUAUUUUCCAUUGGAGGUUCGUUUCCUUAUUACUUGUAUAUCCUUUCCCCUGAUAUUUGCUACAGGAUAACCUUAGUCAUUGUCAUGGUCUUUUCUAUUUUAUGUUCUCACCACUUGCUUUUCUGCCUCCUUUUUGCGAAUGCAACUUUCUUGUAA